AUGUCAAAAUUGAAAGUUUCAUUUUAUCAUGCCAUCAAAAUAUUUCUUGUUUUACAGCAACAAAGAAACCAUUUAUCCGCUUUUUCGUUUCUCAAUAUUUUCUUUAAAGCCGAAGACACUAAUGAAGAAAAAUUAAAAAAAUAUUUCAAUCACCUAACUAUCACUGAAACGAUUGUUCAAGCUGACAAAUUUCACGAAAAUGGGAAAUAUUUGGAAGUGUAUGAAACUUUAAAUAGGAUACGGCUGGUUAACGACCCCGAAGUGCUGUGGAGAAUAGCCAGGGCAUUAUAUAAUUUGAAUUCUAGUAACAAAAAAUUGAAGAAAGAAACGCGAUGUGCCAUGAUGGAGGAAGCUUUGUUUGUACUACAACUAGCGUUCGGUAAUGGUGGAAUUGACAACGCCGAAGUUCACAAAUGGAUGGCCGUUAUUUUAGAUACCCAUUACGGCCUUAUAAACAUUGAACAUAGAAUUAAGUUUUCCCCACUGGUUAGAGAACACCUUAUUAAAGCUUGUGAAUUGAAUUCCCACGAUUUUACAGCCCAUCACAUGAUGGGUAAAUGGUCGUUUCAAAUGUGUCGUCUUAGCUGGUUUCAGCGUAUUAUCGCUAAAUAUUUAUUCGCAGCAGAGCCUCCAAAAUCUGAAUAUGAAGUUGCUUAUAAAUAUUUGUUACGUGCCGAGGAAUUACGACCUCGAACUGUAUUAGCAAAUUUGUAUUUACUCGGAGAAACGUGCGUGAAGCUUGGACAAUUCUUCAAGGCUAAGUAUUACUUGAAUUUAGCUGUGCGCUUACGCCCCAAGGAUGAAAAUGAAAAAAUUAUCGCUUCCAAAGCUAAUCACUUGAUGAGAAGAUUAGAAAGAUAUGAUUUAGGCAAGAAUGCUUUAUUUUAUGACCCAUUGGGUUUUAAUGGUAAUUUGUAA